AUGCCCUACACGAGCGCGCUGCACGACGAGGCGCUGCAUAGAUCUUCAAGUCGGCACAAUUUCAUCGAGGCGUAUGGCCCAGACGCGAAUCUUAAGGCUCUCUACAAGGCUCAACCGGUUCUGUACUGGAUCUAUUCCGCGAUAGACGUGGCUCUGCUCGACUUCAAAGCGGCUCUGGUGGCGCACGAUACAUCUGACGACUGGGACAAGAAGGUCGGAGCACCGUACGAUGUCACACCUGAUCCAUUUGCCUUCUUCCUGGACUCAAAGAUCGAGGCUUCGGAACGAUCAUGUUUGCUGCAUCUUCGCUGGGCUCUGCGUCGAAGCCGCGGGACGGCACUGGCGUAUUUGUUCAGAGAGUGUGCUCACGAUGUCCUGACGGCGGCGAGGACCGAAGAGCGGAGGCAGAUCCGUCAGGAAUUGCUGGACAAGAAGGGAGAGGUCGCCGAUGCGCUGAAUGUCGAUUUUGCGGACCUCGACGCUGGUAUCUGGAAUGCUCGCCGCCGGAUUCUCAUCCGAGAGGACGUCAUUGAUGAUGCUCUGGGCAGAAUCAAGGAAGCUUUGGACGACAACGACAGCGCAGUCCCUAUUGCAGAGCCUGAAAACCUCGCAUACGAGACCAAUGGCCAGUAUGAAUAUGGCGGAGGGUCGGUUCCAGGUACGAGCUUGACUCGACGCAGCGCUCGUUUUGCCGAUGAGCUACUCAGCCCGCCGCGGUCGAUCUCGCCGAACCAGAGGUUGGGUCGAGGCAGACGCGAGGACGAUCGCAUGAGAUCAGUGUCCAGAGACUCCAGACGGAGCUCGAUUGCGCCGGGCUCGUCGAUCACGACAGCGCUUCCUGAAAUGCCCACAGAUCCGUUCGAGCUCAGUGUGAGCGUGCUAUCAACCACGACCAACACGUGGAAGACUUCCCUUGCGAUUCUCGACUCAGGUUGCGAUGGCGGUAACUUCAUCUCAUCCUCGUUCUUGGAGCAUCUAGAAAUGAGCCAUGACGUUGAAGACGACUCAGAAGCCGCCUCGGUCACCUUGAUGGACUUCGGUGGGAAGACCGACUUCAAGUCUGUUGGAAGAGUGAAGUUGAAAUGGUAUGGCCGGGAGAUCGAUAAGGGCAGUGGCAAAGGGAAGCGAAGUAUAUUCUUUACCGACUGGUUUCACGUUGCUCCGCCUCUUCCUGCUGAUGGCCACGGCGAGCCGUUCGAAAUGCUGCUUGGUAAGGAUUGGAUUAACGAAAAUGAGGUCUUUCCGCAUCGUGGGCUGAGACUGUUCAGAUCGAAAGCAAAAGAGACAAAACGAGACCAGGCAGAGGUGGAUCGACGUGAAAGUCUUCGUCGUGAGAUGGAGGACGAACGUCGACAGGAGCGGCUCAACUCCGAUGCAGCAUCGAUUAAUUCUGGGACGUCCACGACCGAGUUGGAGCGACUUGACACCGUCGCCACUCAGCUCUAA